UUCCGCAAUAUUUUAUGACUUAUUAAUGAAUGGCAUUAUGAACCGGUGCUGCGGUUUCGAUGACGUCACGGGGAGCGAGCGAGGGUCAGUGGACGGACGGAGCGCAUCGCGGAACAACAUCAUGCGGGGUUUCACGACCUGAGAGCAGCAGAUGAGCGGAAUACACUGAAUAACAUGGCUCAGCUGUGGAGGAGGGGCGUGUCUCUAUCAAACGGCUCUCUGGUUGUCAUGGCGCCAGGGCCCGGGGUGGUUACGGUGGCCCCUGAGGGUCACAACCAGUCGUGGGAAACCCCAGUGGUCGCCGUGGAGACGCCCAUCUUCCUCAUGACCGCCACCGCUCAGACCAUAUCUGGGAUCUUCACCUGGACGGCGCUGAUGCUCACCUGCCAACAGAUCUACAUGCACCUGCGUUACUAUAACACUCCUAACGAGCAGCGGCACAUCGUGCGCAUCCUCUUCAUCGUGCCGAUCUACGCCUUCGACUCGUGGCUCAGUCUGCUGUUCUUCACCAACGAGGAGUACUACGUGUACUUCGACACCGUCCGGGACUGCUACGAAGCGUUCGUGAUCUAUAACUUCUUGAGUUUGUGUUAUGAGUGUUUGGGCGGCGAGAGCGCCAUCAUGGCCGAGAUCAGAGGAAAACCCAUCCAGUCCAGCUGUGUUUAUGGCACUUGUUGUCUAUGGGGCAGGACUUACUCUAUCGGCUUCCUGCGCUUCUGCAAACAGGCGACGCUGCAGUUCUGUGUGGUGAAGCCGCUGAUGGCCGUGUUCACAGUGAUCCUGCAGGCCUUCGGGAAAUACAGAGAUGGAGACUUCAACGCGGCCAGCGGUUACUUGUACGUGACGAUCGUCUACAACGUGUCGGUCAGUCUCUCUCUCUACGCUCUGUUCCUCUUCUACUUCGCCACUCGAGAUCUUCUGGAGCCGUACGGCCCCAUGCUGAAGUUCCUCAUGGUCAAAUCCGUCGUCUUCCUCUCCUUCUGGCAGGGGAUGCUGUUGGCGAUUCUGGAGAAGUGCGGCGCCAUUCCUCGCAUCAACUCUCCUGAUGUCACCGUGGGGGAGGGGACUGUUGCCGCCGGUUACCAGAACUUCAUCAUCUGCAUCGAGAUGUUUUUCGCCGCUCUGGCGCUCAGACACGCGUUCACGUACAAGGUCUACAUGGACAAGAGACUCGAUAUACAGGGUUGUGUUCCUGUCUAUGGCCAGUAUGGUCGCUGUGCUCCCAUGAGCAUCUCCAGCAGUCUGAAGGAGACCAUGAACCCAGGAGACAUGUUGCAGGACGCCAUCCAUAACUUCUCUCCGGCGUAUCAGCAGUACACACAGCAGAGCCGAGGAGAACCAGUGAGACGCUCCGACAGCUGCAGUAACGAGAAAACACUUCUGCUCAGCUCAGACGACGAGUUCUGAGAGACACACACUACAUGAGGAUCAGCUGCAUCACAAAACCAGUCAUAAGUCGGUAAAAGCCAAUAAUACAUUGUAUGGGUCAAAAUGAUAGAUUUUUCUUCUAUGCCUAAAAUCAUUACGAUAUUAAUGGGACAAUGUGUAGUUUAAGUAUUUUAUUAUCUAAAAUCUAAAAGAAUUGUAUUCAUAAUAUGUCCUCAAUCUUACACAUUGUCCCUUUAAGUAAUGAUGUUCCAUGAAGAUAUGUUGUAAAUUUCCUACUGUGAAUAUACGUAUAUAUAAAAAUGUAUUUUGCGAGUGAAUGCAGCACAAUUGUGAACAUGAAUGGACAACUUUAAAGGGAUAGUUCACUUUGAAAUUAAUUUUUGGUGUGUUUUAGCUUACCUCAAGGGCAUCCAA